AUGGAUGCCAAAGAUAUCACCUUCCACAACCAGGCGGCGUCACCCUUCUUCCGACUUCCACCCGAGAUCCGCAACCAUAUCUAUACUCUGGUCUUCCGGAGCGACAUAGUCUCAGUGUACCCGCAUCCCCACCGUGUUACAUUCUGCAUUCGAAAACACCCCGACAUGGAGGACACCAAUGAGCCACACCCUGAGCACAGUGAGAACGAGCUGCAAGAGCCUUAUGUCUUCCAAUACACUUGCCGCCAGAUCUUUCACGAAGCUGGAGACCUGUACUUUGCGCUCAACACAUUCGAACUCCGCGAGAAGAGGCCCCACAAGUUCAGUGAAAGCCAUCUUGCACUUCCAUGCUUGGCUCGUAUCCGAAAUGCCCGUAUCAGCGUCACCACUUGCACUGCAUACAUGCCUGACGGCAACCUGAGGCUUGGAGGAGUACAGGCCCGUAAGGUGAGACUCCUCGGUAUGCUGAAGGGGUUGACCAAGGUCAUGGUCACUAUCUGGUCUUGCCAUCCGAGCGGUUACACCAAGGAAGAAAAAUUUGCUGAGGUCAAACGUGUUUUCGAGACCGAGAGGAGAGGACAAGCUGUGAAGUUUGUUCUCGAAUAG